UGCUUCUACUGGCACGCAGACGCACACAGCUGUUUAGCCAUCAUUUAGCCGGUUCAACCUGUGGUUUUGAUUUUGAAAUGUGCCUUUGGGUUCGCUUUGUUCGCGAGCUGUUCUGACCAACUUUUGGGCAACCUAAGGGAAAGACAUGACGACUUUCGAUGGCAAGGUGAUUGAGGUUGGUGCCCGUGUGGAGGUGGCUGGCAAAGAUGUGCGUGGUCGGGUGGCUUUUGUUGGUAACACAAGCUUCUCCUCUGGCCGCUGGGUGGGUGUGGUCCUGGAUGAGCCCAAGGGCAAGAACAAUGGCACUGUCCAGGGACGUACCUACUUCUCCUGUGCUGACAACCAUGGCAUUUUUGUGCGCCAGUCGCAGCUACGGCUGUUGGAGGAAGAACCUCCUGGUGAUACUCCAGAGCAAGCAAAGCCCCUUGCCACAACCACUCCAGGGCCAGCUGCUGAGGUGGUAACACUUGACCAGCCAGAACCCCUUUCUCGUACCUGGGUAGUGGAAGAGGCCAGCCAGGACAAACAGGCUGCACAGAAGGAGCAGGAUGCUGAGAAGCAGGCUCUCAAGGCCCAGAUAGUAGACUUGCAUGAGAAGCUGGACACUCUGAUGCAAAAAAGGCAGGAGAGCAAAGCACAGCUUAGAGACUAUGAGCGCACACGACUGCAGCUCCAGCAGCUACUUGAAUUCAAGAGCAAGAUCACAGAGUCCCAGGUUGAGUUGCAGAAGCAGCUGGCACAGGCACGGCGUGAGGCUCAGGAAGCUCAUGACGAGCGAGAGCGCCAUGCUGAGGAGGUGUCUGAUCUUGUGGAAUCUAUUGAGAUGGCCACAGUGGAGAAGGAAAUGGCUGAGGAGAAACUGGAACAGCUGCAGCAAGAGGUAGACCAUUGGAAAGAGAAGUAUGAGAUGCUUGAGCUAGAUUACAAAAUUCUUACUUCUGAGCUGUCUACAGGGGAACCCAGUAGUUAUAAGGAGCGCCAGUUAGCACAAGAGAAUGAAAAGAUGCGGGAAGCCCUUGUACGUUUACGUGACCUGACUACUCAGUUGAAGCAUGAGAAGCAGCAGCACAAGAAGGAACUGGAUCGAUGCCGGGCUGAGGUGCAAGAGCUAUCACGGAUAAAACAACAGCUGGAAGAACGGUACCAACAAGCAGACUGCUCCAUCACAGAGUUGCAAGAGCAGCUGGACAUGGCUUUGGGCGCAGAGGAGAUGGUAGAGCACCUGACCGAGAAGAACCUAGACCUGGAAGAGACUGUGCGUGACCUGCGCGAGGCAGUGGAUGACAUGGAGAAGCUGCAUGACCUCAAUGAGGAACUGCUGCAGCAGGCACGUGAGACUGAGCUUGAGCUGCGUGAAGAGCUCUCUCAUGCGCAAGUACGCCUGGCUGACAGCCACAGGCGCGUUGAGGCAGCUCAUGAGGCCCUAGCUGAUUGUGAGCAGACGUUGGCCAAGUACCAAGCAUUGGUGGCCCAACUUCGGGAACAAGCCCAGGGCCUGGAACAACAGCUUCAAUCUGAGCCAACACCUGUGGCUGUGGAAGCAAGUGAGCUGGCACUGCGGCUGGCUCAGGGCAAGGCACACGCUCGCGCUGUUGACCUAGAGCUGCGGCGGCUUGAAGUGGCUCAGGCCAAUCGGCAUGUGGACUACCUUACAGCCUUCCUUUCUGAGAACUUCCUAGCUCAUGAGCAUGAAGGUGUGCUAAUGUUGCUGCUGGUAGCACGCCUUGGGGCGAAGUGUGGCAUUCUGGCCAAGCAACUGGAGCAGCGCUGGGCAGGUGUGGCACCAGGGCCAGGACAACCCCUUGAGUCGGUGCAGUAUGCACAUGCGUGCUUUGUGCGGUUCCUUCUGGGACGGCUGCAGGGCCUUCUGCAUCAGUACGCCACUGCCCUAGACACUUGCAGUGUGGAGCUGUUUGCCAAGACAGCUACUCUGUAUCCUGAAAUGUUGGGCCAUGAAAAGUUGUUGGACCUGUAUGUGCAGCUUCUUCGCAAGGAUGAGCUGGAUGAGAAUGUGUCCCUGGGGAACCUGGAGCGGGCGCUGUCCUAUUUCCAAAGUUUGUAUGCUGUACACCUAUCCAACGAGCGACAGGAUGAACGGCACUUGCUCACCCAAAAUUUGCGGUGCCUGGUGCUAUCCUGUGAGGCUGUGAAGUGUGCCUUGGGCUUUGUGCGCCAUGUUCUUGGUGCACAAGGUGGGGACCUGGCUGCUUUGCUUGAUGCUGCGCUUGCCUCAGCCUCUGAUUUGCUGCAAGCGGUGCGCAAGGUUCGUCGGCGGAUGCCUCAUGAUGAGAGCCCCAUCACACUGGGAGCAGAGGCACGGGAGCAGCUGGAGGCAGAGGUGCGCAGCUUGGGCCAGGUGGUGCAAGCGGCAUGUGCCUUGCAGCGUGCAGUUUCAUCCCGCAUUGAGAAUGAACUCCAGUUACCUCUGGACAAGAUGAAGGAAUUAGCCCAUGAGGCCACUGACCGUGUCUAUGGCAAGGAGGACCAGGGGCCUGAUUGCCUGCGUGAAGCACUGGCAGCAGCUGUGAGCACCCUGGAGGGCAUGGCUGAUGCAGUACAGCCACAGGAACCCCAGCCCAAACCUACAGCACCUAUCCAACUGAGAGCUCAGGCAGCUCGUCAACAAGCACGUGACCUUGAAGCAGUGCGUGCCAGCCUGGAAGCUCGUGAAAAUGACAUCAUUGCCCUCAAAAAGGCGCUCAAGAUCAAGAGUGAAGAAUGCAGCGAAAUGUGUGUUCGUAAAGACAUGGCAGAGAAGAAACUGGAGGUACUGACCCGGGACAGUGAUGAAAGAGUAGACAAGGUGCAAAGACAGCUGGAUGAAACAAGGAUGCGGCUUCGCAAGAAAGAAAAAGAGUUUGAAGAGACCAUGGACCAUUUACAAGCCGACAUUGAUGCUUUGGAAACAGAGCGUGGUGAACUGAAAGACAAGUUAAAAAUGAUCUCUAAGAAGACUCUUUACAAGGGACUGUCUGAAACAGUCGGCAUGCCAGCAAAUACAAGCUGGCCACAGCUGCAGGACAUCAAGGCAGCAUUGCGACAUGUCCACAGUGAGCGAGCCAAGCUGGAAAGCCACCGUGUGAGCCAGCUGCUCGCAUCAUUGGCACCACUGGUGCCAGUACCACCACGUGUCGAGCAGCAGCGUGAUGCAUGUGCAAAGGCUGCACGUGCCCAAAUUCAGGCCCUGUCACUGUGUGUCCAGGUCCGUGUGGUGGAUCUGAGCAACCGGCGUGCUUCCAGCUGUGCUCAGGAACCAAACUGGGGUGCCCUGGUUGAGGCACGUCGUUCCCUUGAGGCUUCGCGGAAUGAGCUCAUGCUGCUGCGCGCAUUGGGUGUGGCGCGUGUGGCUGCUGCGUGGCGUGCCUUUCCUAACCCUGCCAUGGUUCGCCUUCUUCAGGCACAAUAGCUUCCUGCCUUAUGAACAGCUCUGCUAAGCAUUGCCAAAUCGGCUUUUUAUUUUCUUCAUAUCUGGAAGCGUGGGCCAUCAUGCUUACUUUUGUAUAAAAUCUUAAUACAAGGAUUCACUCUGGUUCUAUAUGAGUCAAAUAUUUCACACUGUUUUAUUAUUUUACUAUUUUACCAUUUUACUGUAUUGUGCACUUAGGAUAGGGAAUGCAUUAGUGACGAAUAACACAGCAUAGCCCUUUUUGCAAGCUGUAUUUAGCACUGGGUGGUGGCUACAACGCACAUGAGGGCAAGAUCUAAGCAACUCUGAAGUGCAUCGCCAUGAUAACUUAUUGAAACUCUUUAUAAGCUUUCAGGUUAUUUGAUUUUUUCUGAGCCAAGCUGCAUGUGAUUGUGCCUACUGCUAGCACUCCUUUCAUAUUAAUGCACCCUUUGUUGGAGAAAUAAACAUGCUUCUUUGCUGGGA